GGAGGCAGCUGUCUGGAGAGAGAAGUCAAUUGUUUACAGAGACCAGGAAGGUGCCGAGACUGUCUGCUGUCACAAGGUGAGCGAGUGAACUCUGAAUACAAUAAAACUCAGGUUACACAUACAGGACAGCCAUCGUGCGAUCAGAAGAUGAAGAUGACUAUCAUCGCUGUUGUCGCCACCGCUGCCGUGGUGUUGCUGGCCUCCACUGAGGUCGAGGCUGUAAAGAUAACGGAUGCCGACAGGAAGCUGGCGGAUCUGAUCAACAGGGAGGCGCUGCUGAAGACGGAGGCCAACGAAGAGAUUCAGGACAAGCUGACUCCCAACGUUCGAGGCUUUAGUGACGACAACGCCGACGACAGCCAGCCGUCAGACAGGGACCUGAAGCAGAUGCUAAAGAACGCCGACGAUGACGCCAGCAAUGAUCAGCCCAGCGUCCGAGCUGCGGACGAUGACGACAACAACCCGCCCUCACUUCGGGAAAUACUGAGAGCCGCCGAUGAUGGCGAUGACAACCAGCCCUCCCUCCGUGAACUCUAUGAAGCAGUGAGGUCUGCUGAUGAUGGCGAUGACAACCAGCCCUCGUUCCGUAAGCGCCGCGAAGCAGUGAGAUCUGCUGAUGAUGGCGAUGACAACCAGCCCUCCCUCCGUGACCUCUAUGAAGCACUGAGAGCCGCAGACGAUGGGAGAUGACAAUCCACCCACACUCCGCGAGCUCCACGAAGCACUGAGAGCAGCAGACGAUGGAGAUGACAACCAGCCCUCGCUCCGCGACCUCCAAGAAGCACUGAGAGCAGCAGACGAUGGUGAUGACAAUCCACCAACACUCCGCGAACUCCAAGAAGCACUGAGAGCAGCAGACGAUGGAGAUGACAACCAGCCCUCGCUCCGUGACCUCUAUGAAGCGCUGAGAGCCGCAGACGAUGGAGAUGACAACCAGCCCUCGCUCCGUGAACUCCACGAAACACCGAGGGCUGCAGACGACAACGACGACCAGCCGACGAUGGAACAGAUGCGCGAGCUGUACAUGGCUCUGCGCUCCCUGGAGACGGAGAACGAGCAGGAGUAGUCACAAAGAUUAUAAUGCCCCACGGCACUGUCAGGUCACCAUGGUGUCUGUCUUCCACCAAAAAGCUUUGCACAAUACUGCUUCCAGACCUCCAGACCUCCAUCCUCGGGACCACACAAGACAACUUGCAAGCAGCAUCACAAUCAGCUGAAUUUUCUGAUUUUAAACUGCGGUAUUCUCAAUGCUGUUUUCCAAAUAGCUAAAACGAAGCCAUCAGACGUACUUAAAAUUAUUUAUAUUGUAUAUGUCAGAGGAAAUAGUCUAAAAAAAUUAGUAAUUAAAUGAAUCAUUCCGCUUUUAUUUAUAAAAAUACAGUUUGUUUCUCCUUCCCA